UACGAACAUACAGUACAGUAGGACCACUCGGAGAGAAACCAACCCGCCGGGCAAACCUGCUGAAAUAUUUAAGUGGAAUUUGUUCGCCUCCUCAUCCCUCUUUAGAACCUUUGGUAUCUCGUCAGUCAUUGAGAGAGAGUUCUCGAAGCGACCAGCUCUUGCCGAGAAUCAACGCCAUUUUCGUACAUUUCCGAAACAUGAGUCGACGGACCUCGAAAUCAGAGGACGAGGAUGCUUGGGUGUUCGACUCCUUGGUUGGAUUUCUCAGAGGACCCGUUUGGAAUGUGCCCAUCCUGACCUUCAUUGAGCACAAGUCACUCAUUUUUGAGCCGGAUACCGAUGAAAACGAGGAGGAAUAUAAAAAGAUCCACGAUGAGUUUAAGAACUUGGUGGAUUUCAUGCUUGGUUCAUACAUGGAGGACAUUGGCAUAUCCUCUGAACAAUUCGAAAAGGCCUGUGGCGUGGCCUCGACCAAAAUCAAGACCCAAUUUCAUCACACGCUUUUUGAGCAGGUUUGGGCGGCAGAUGAUUUUGAAAUCUUCAAGAGCAUGAUGAUUCAGAAGAAUAUUGAGCUUCAACUUCAGGCCCUGGAGCUUUUGAAGCAAAGGUAUGGCGUUCUUCCAUCAUCCCUGAGACCAGGACAAGAGCCAGAGCCAGAACAAUCCGAUGACGAUCAGGACAAUGUCGAAGACGGAGAACGGAAAAUCAUGGCAGAAGUGGCAAAGAAAUCGAUGGCCGAUCAUGAGGCUAAUCAGGACACCAUGGACGAGGAUACGCGGGCAAUGGAAGAGGCUGUGGCUAACUCCGGCGACGAAAUCAAACGUCUGGAAGCGCAUCGUACCAAUCAACAUCAAUUGUUGGCCGAGCACUUCAAAACCAAAAUCGACAUCAGUGAUCCAUCCUUGGCCCGCCCCUCUGAAGAUGCCUCGCUUAAGCUAAGACGACAGAGCGAGACUCGGGUCCCGAAACAAACCAAGUUGGUUCACAAGACCAAAGACGACGGAGACACCCCGAUCGCAACCGCGUCCAAUCCCUCCGUAGAUACAACUAGAAGUUCUAAGCUUAACAGGCUUAAGAAAGCUAAUACAAUCUCGCACCCAAUAAGCUCAUCCAGUCUAAUGAAGGAAGAAGUUAUGGGUGCGGACUACACGUCGUCCUUGCCGGAAGAACAAGCCCCCGAUGCUCCCAUUGACGAAGAGGAGCUGCAGAAGAGGACCGAAUUCCUCCGAGCCCAAAGGGAUAAGCUUCUGGCCAUGAAGAAGGAGGAACGCGAGCGACAAUUGGCAGAAGCGGAAAAAGACCAAUUGAAAUCCAGACCCAAAUCCGCUCGAGCUGCUCGCUCAGCCUUUGGGCGGGGUAGACCAAGUACGGGAGCUGGACUCGAUCCCGAGGUUCUCCGGAUUCGCCGGGCUUUGGCCGAAAAGUUGAAGCACGAGGUGAUUGGCGACAAUUAGACGAUGAUUCCAACCUAACUGAUCGACAAA